AUGGAAUCAGAUUGGGAAAGUUUGCCUGAGGAGCUUUUAGAUUUAGUUUUCAAGAGACUAGUGUUACAUUUAGAUUCUUUACGAUUCGCUGCUGUUUGCAAGUCAUGGUAUUGGGUAUCAAAGAAUAAGCAAAUCGACAGUGUUCCAAUGCUCUUGAUUCCUGAUAGACAAAAAGAUACAUGGAAUUUAUGUGAUGUGACAAAUGAUAAGGUCCUCAAAAUGCAGUUAAGAUGGAUGAAGAAGCGAUUUUGUGGGUCUUCAAAAGGAUGGUUAAUAGUUUGCGAUGAAAAUUUUGUGGUAACCUUAAUAAAUCCAUCAUUCAUGGUUAAGGGGAGAAAAGAGAAAGAAAAUUUUAUCAUUCGUCUGCCUCCACUAAAUCCUCCAGGUCAAUACCGCAGAAGUGCUCAUGCUAAACAUUGUGAAUAUUUUGUUUACAAGGCGACGAUUUCAGCAGAUCCAAUAUCAAAUGCAAAUGAUUGCAUUGUUGCGAUAAUAUAUGAGCCAAGGUGUGAAUUGGCUUUUAUUAGACUUGGAGACAAUAAAUGGACAUACUUUGAUCGAACUGGUUAUGAAAUAUGGUCCCUUUAUGAAGAUAUUGCUCAAAUUGGAGACACAAGUUAUGUUGUUUCAUCUUCUAAGAGCCAGCUUAUUACUUUUGAAUAUACUACUUAG